AUGGACAUGGUACAAGACUGGGUAGCAUACGCCAUGGGCGACCACGCCGGAGCUCUCCCAUACGCCAGACAGGCCUUCAGCGCCAUCUCCACGAUCAAAUCCUACAUCGUCCCGCUCGUGGACCAAAUCUCGCAAAAGCCCGACCUCGCGACCAUCGCACUCCUCCUCAUUAUCGUCCUCGUCUCCCUCAAAAUCCUCGACAUGCUCUACCAGACGGUGCUCUUCUGGGCGCGUCUCGUCCGGCGCGUGGUGCUCUGGGGUGGACUGGCCGCUCUCGCGCUAUGGAUGUACACGCGGGGCCCGGAUGGAGUGGCAGAUGACAUACAGUACUGGUUCGAGACGUGGAACGGCGAGUAUCGGAAGUUUAAGGACCAGGAGCGUGUCGCGCGGCUCAUGCAUCAAAAGGCGGGGGCUGGUAGGAGGCAGGCGAAUUGGUAUUGA